CCCAUCUGUGGACCCGUGCCUCCCUCCCUCCACCCGUGUCAAGUCCAAGGGAGGCUGUGGGCUGGAGGGACAAACUCCAAGUUCACCCCCGGGCUGCCCACUUUUAUGUCUUACCUUGCUGGAAAUGAAAAAUCGUCUUCUUGGAAUCCUGUUAACAGCGCAGUGCUAGUCAUCACGUACCUUUUGGAAAGCAAAGUGUCAGGGGAAAUGAUUGGCAUGUUACAUUCUUAACUGUCCGGGCAAAACCAUAUAUUUUCAUUUUUCCAAAUUUGCGUCCUUUGUUUAAUUUCUCAAAAGCCAUCGUGAUGCAAGAAUGCUUUAUCUAACUCUCAUAUUUCACUGGAGAUUUUUUUUUAAACCAAAAACUUAGAUCUGAUUGAGUUGGAAAAGUUAGAUUUUUGCAAAGUACUGGCUGUUUCUUAUUGAACCUCGAAUUGCCCUGUGCUUAGAACAGAAGAGCCACUCUACCUGAGGGUGUUAAAAAGAAGUGUUCUUCUAGGAGGGAGUGAUGCGUGGCACGGGAAAGACAGUGGGGGUUUCCUUGUUAUUCCUUCUUUUUCAGACGCUUGUAUGGUCAGAGUCCUGCAAGGAAAACAUCUUAGCCAUCAAGAUUCUGUUUGAUAUCCCCUUUCUUUACACAGAGCUUAACCCGCCACAGCUUUUCAUCAGAGCGUUUUAUCUUUGGCCUUCUGGUCGCUGGAACGCCUGCAGGAGGCCUGGAGAACUCAGGAGUUUCCAAGCUGAGCUGCCGCCCGAGCUCUGGAUCCACUUGGCAGUGGUGGCCUGUGGCAAUCGUCUGGAGGAGACGCUUGUCAUGCUCAAAUCUGCCGUGCUGUUUAGCCACAGGAAGAUGCAAUUUCACAUCUUCACUGAGGAAUCUCUGAAGCCUGAGUUUGAUAAGCAGCUUCGACAGUGGCCUGACUCAUAUACAAAGAAGUUUGAGCACAGAAUCUACCCCAUCACAUUUUCGGCUGGAAACCCUCAAGAAUGGAAGAAAUUAUUCAAACCCUGCGCUGCCCAGAGACUCUUUCUUCCGGUAAUUUUAAAGGAUGUGGACUCCCUUCUCUACGUGGACACCGAUGUUCUCUUUCUGAGACCUGUUGAUGACAUCUGGAAGCUUCUGAGGCAGUUUAAUUCAACGCAGCUUGCAGCCAUGGCCCCCGAGCAUGAAAUCCCCAAGAUUGGCUGGUAUAGCCGCUUUGCCCGGCACCCUUUCUAUGGCUCCGCGGGAGUUAACUCAGGAGUCAUGCUAAUGAAUUUAACUCGGAUAAGAAGUGCCCAGUUCAAGAACAGCAUGAUUUCAACAGGCUUGGCUUGGGAGGACAUGCUGUACCCUCUCUACCAGAAGUACAAGAAUGCCAUCACGUGGGGAGACCAGGACUUAUUAAAUAUUAUUUUUUAUUUCAACCCAGAGUGUCUCUACGUGUUCCCCUGCCAGUGGAACUACCGUCCUGAUCACUGCAUGUAUGGAAGCAAUUGCAGAGAGGCAGAGCGGGAAGGUGUGUCUGUCCUGCAUGGGAAUCGAGGUGUCUACCAUGACGAGAAGCAGCCAACUUUCAAAGCACUCUAUGAGGCGAUCCGAGAUUUUCCCUUUCAAGACAAUCUCUUUCAAUCCAUGUAUUACCCUCUUCAGCUGAAGUUUUUGGAGACUGUGCACACUUUAUGUGGACGAAUUCCACAAGUUUUUCUGAAGCAAAUUGAGAAAACAAUGAAAAGGGCCUAUGAGAAACACGUCAUCAUCCAUGUUGGCCCCAACCAGAUGCACUGAGUACUUCAUGUUGUCACAAGUCAAUUAGGCAUCUCAUGAACGAGGAAAUAUUCAUCCUCAAGCUGCCUGGGUCUCUUUUAUGUGAAUAUUUCAUGGUGCUCUAUGACAGUUGAGUUUUAAAAGCCUUGUUAAGUGUUGCUAAAUUAGUUGCCCCUAAAAGGAAAUGUGCUUUAGGUUUCUCCUAAAAUGCUAUUUAUCUCUCUGUUGUUUUUUUUUUGAUGGUAUUACUGCUCACUUAACGUUGUUGAAGCAUGUUGAGCUAGCUGUGAAAAGGAACUCUCACGGGCCUUCCAGUUCCCAAGUGUUGGAGACAAUGGCAGUGACAUCUGUUGUGGCGUUUUAUCCAAUUUUCUUGAGACUCUUUCUAUGCAACUGGUUCCCCCCACCCCUUGCUAUAAAAGUGAUACAUGCUUAUUAUAAAGCAAACAAACUUUUAAAAAUUUUAGAGGAAUCUAUAGAUCAGUGGACCAAAAUCAAGAUGAGAUCAGCCAUAAUCCUAUCAACUAGGGAAAAGAUUUUUUAGUGUAGCCUUUUUCCCCCUACUUCUGUAUUUAUUUGCCGCUUGUCUUUUUCCAUCAUAAAACGUAUCUAAAACAGGUAGUCUAAGUAAAGCUUGAACCCUAUGCUGAGAUUUUUAUGUAGGAGGCUAAAAAUUUAGACAAAAUGAUUAUGUUUACAGUGCUUUAUUUAAAAUGUGUCUGGGACAAAGAAGCCCUUCAAGAUUAGGAGACCGCUUGAGAUGAGAUUAAGGGUUUGCAAGCUGUGCACACACCCUAGUCUUGUCAGAGCUCCCACCCUUGAACCAUUGUUAUAAAGACAGUGAAAGUGAAGUCGCUCAGUCGUGUCUGACUCUUUUCGACCCCAUGGGCUGUAGCCACUAAUCAGUUCUUUAAGGCUGAGGCACUUAGCUUUUCAGGCAGGAGCCAGCUAUGUCCUGCUUUGCCUGGCAAAGCAAUAAAGCUAUCCUUUUCUACUUAAAAAAUAAUAUGGCAGGAGCAUUCAAAUUUUAGCUAAUUGGGCAGUGAUAAAGGGUGAAGCAUAUCUGGGUUUUUUGUUUUUUAAGAAAAAUUGUUUGUUGUUGUUCAGUCUCCAAGUCGUGUCCAACUCUUUGCGACCCCAAGGGCUGCAGCAUGCCAGGCUUCCCUGCCCUUCACUAUCUCCCGGAGUUUGCUCAAACUCCUGUCCAUUGAGUCAGUGAUCCUAUCCAGGCAUCUUUUUCCCAGUCAUAAGACAUGUCUAUUCAGCUUCUGAAAGGAGAAAUUCAGUACUGCUGUUAAACCUAAGGAGUCUAUUUAGCAGAGAUGUGAUUUUGUGUUUACCCAGAAACAAAAGCAUUUCAUCUCUUUGGUAGGUGUGGCCAUGUCUUUUUAAACUCUUGGGCAAUAGUUGGAAAUUAAAGGCCAAGUUGGAAUAUAAUAUGUACGAAUAAACAGUUCAGUGGAUUCCAUUGGCAAGAAAAUUCAUCUUCCUACCAGCCUUAGAAAGAUCUCAGUUGGUUUUUUUUGUUUCCUUCUCUAGGGUUAUCUAGCUGUGAGCCAAGGAACCAGGCAGGUCUUAUCACCUAGCUACAGUACAGGAAGUUCUAUAUUCUUUGCCCAAAGGGAUCUAACUUAAUCCCUAGUAGCUGCUAUUAGCAUAAGGGCAUUUUGCAUAAUGCUUUAUUUAUCUCUACCAACAUGUGUAUAAUUGACCUCCUUGAUGUUUGCAACAGCCUAAUGAACUUGGUAGGGACCUGCAUCAUCUGCACUGGGCAAAUAAGGAAAUUGUAAUACAAGGAACAUAUCCGGUAUCAUUACUGUUCUAUAAGACGCAUAGAUAUGUAUAAGAUACAUCCUGUUUUACAGAGAAAUUUUGAGGAACAAAAUUUUUAUUUUUCAUCACAGACAGACAGCUAUCUGAAGGUUUAAAAGGAAAAUGUUUUGUUUUGGUAAUGCAAAUAUAAUAGAUAUCCUAUAUAUUGAAAGGCAAUAGGAUAUCAUAGGGCUGGCUUCCUUGGCAGCUCAGAUGGUAAAGCGUCUGCCUGCAAUGUGGGAGACCCGGGUUUGAUGCCUGGAUUGGGAAGAUCGCCUGGGGAAGGAAAUGGCAGCCCACUCCAGUACACUUGCCUGGAAAAUCUCAUGGACGGAGGAGCCUGGUAGGCUACAUUCCAUGGGGUCACAAAGAGUCGGACAUGACUGAGUGAUGGGUUCUAUAACAGCAGGAAAAGUCUUACCAUGAAAAAAAAAAAAA